UUUAUUUUAUAGUCACACCCAGUGUAUAGUGUGUGUGUGUAAAUAUAUUGGCGCGCAUGCAAAUAUACACAUAUAAACACUAUUAAAACAAGGCGUGUCACAAUUAGUGUACUUUGUUUAACUAAAGGCCAAUUACAAGACUUUUAAAACAAACCAAUCUCUGGGAUUGACGGACUGACUGUUUGCUGUAUAUAAUAUUAAUCCACACAGACACACAAAUACACACUGUGAGGAAGAAUAAAUAAUCCAUGAAAUUCAUUCUUCAAUUUUGAUUUGACCAGCACAAUAUAUUUGCUUUUUUCAUGUGAUCCUUUGUGGGGAGAUUAAUACUAUUUUGUGAGCAUAUAAUAAUAAUAAUUAUUAUUAUUACUAUCAUUAAUACUAAUACUAUCUCAGAUAUAUUACUACUGUAUAAAGAAAAACACAGAAUCGAUUAUUCAUACACAUAUCAAAUCUAAGAGAAAAUGGUCUCCAAUUGUGAUCAGUUUUCUAGUUCUACAAUUCCAAUGCAAUGUAAAUCAGAAUACAACUCUUCAAAUCCCAAUCAAAAAGACUAUCAGCCUGAUGAUCCGCCUGUAACUCCAUGGAUACGUGGAGAUGUUAUCUAUGAAGGAAUGGUACCAGCUGAUCGAGGUUAUGUACCAAAACAUAUCUUCGGUAGACGAUACUUUACAAAGAAUGGUUCAAAAUUCUACAAUGGUGGUGGUAAUUAUGCAGAUGGAUCUAAUUAUUAUUAUUAUUAUCAUCAUCACGGACGUAAAGGCGGUGGUCGUACACCUAAUCGAUAUUAUUAUCAUGCAGGCCAACGCAUUUACUACAACAAUAAUGCUACUAACAAUAAUAAUAAUAAUAACGGUAACUACAAUAAUAAUAAUUAUAGAUCCCGGUGUCCAUCUGCACAUUCCGUGUGUACAUCACCUCUGUCAUCUAGCCAAUCUGUAGUGAAUUUAACUGAUACAUCUAUGAAUGAUUAUUAUGCGUAUUAUAAAAGUUGUAGAGCAUAUCAUCAACAUCAUCAUCGUUGUCCAAAUUCUAGUCAGCCAACUGGCAUGACAAAUGAACAAUUAACUGAUGAGUAUAUCGAUGAUUGUUUGUCUACAGAUUUGGCUCAAUAUCAGCUGAAAUUAGAUAUGGACAGUAGUCUAUAUGAUGAGUACAAUACAAAGAUCAUCAUGAAACGUAGAGAGAAUAUUGAUGCUUGGGUGAAAUCUUCUUCCCCUUCAAUGGAUUCUGAUUUAAUGUCAGUAGAUAUUAGUCAAUCGUCAUCAUCAAACAAUAAUCAUCAUCAGCAUCAUCAAUCCUCUCAGGUAUUCAAUGAUACUUAUCAAGGUGAUUUUCGACAUUUACAACGGAAAAGUAAAAGUACACUGGACUUAUUGACAUCAGAUGCUACUUUAAAUGACCUCAGUAAUGAAGGCGGCAAGAAAAACACCAAGGAUACUAAAGUCAGUGAGGAGCUGACUACAAAUGAUAGCGGUAAUCCUAUUCAAGAGCAUACAGAAGAAAAACUAAAUGCUGAAGAUGACAGUGAUAUGCAGAAACACUGCAAACCAGGAAAGACAAAUGAUUACCUAACUCUUGUCUGGGGUGAUCUUCCUGAGACCAUCGAAAAUAAUAAUUAAUAAUAAUAAUAUUUAUGAGAAGAAAUCAAUUAUUUAUUUAUUUAUUUGUUAAUUCAAUAUUCAAUGGCUGUGAAUAUUCCUUUGAGCAUUACAAUUACUUCUCUAACACAAAUAGACAAACAAACAAACAAACAAAGAGACACACACUUACAUACACACAUACAUACACGUAUAUAGACAAUACAGUCUAUAUCAAUACCAGAAUUCUUUUAAAAGUGAACUUCUAAAAGAAUCUGUCUUUGUGAAACAUCCAUAUGCACACUGCAUCCUGACAACACUCUGACACUUCCAUGAAGAGGAGGUACAUUGUCACUUUACUCGAAAACGUACAUCCUCUUGAAGUAGUAACCAACAAUUAUAUACACAUUCUCACAUACAUUUGGUAUUGGAGUGAAAAAAACAAGCACAUCUUCUUUCGUAUUUUCGUUCAAGUGCUGUGAGCUCUUUUCUGGCUACCAUAGUAACUGUAAACAAAACAAUUACACUUGUUUUAAUGAAUAUAUAUAUGUAUUGAAUUGAUCAUAAGUUAUAAUGUACAAUGUUUUUGGGGUCCUAAUUUUCUUUCGAAAGUUUUGCAUUUUGUUCUUUCUUUUUGUAUUGGUGUCUGGCCUUGUCGUUUUGUUUGUUUGUUUUUUUAACUCCAAUUAAAUAUUCUUCGUUUUUUGAGUUUGUGUGUGUACGCGCACGCGCGUCUUUUGAUGCGUACUUGUUUGUACCGCCGGCCUUAUAAUGACAAACACUUCGAAGUUACCUGUUCGUUUUGUUUUAACGAAGAAACUGUUUAAUAUUUUUGGGGGUUUUCUCUUGUCUACUUUUAUUUUUAUUGAGGUGUGUAUGUGUAUAUGUAUGAGUUGUUUAUAUGUGAUAAUCUCUUCAAGAGCUUCCUCGAAUCUACUUUUUUUCUAUACCAGUAUCAUUAUUUCUAGUAAUUGAAUAAUGAUUGUAAGAGGUUGAGGAGGAUUUUUGUGCUGUGGUCUGAUACGUCAUUUUGUAAUUCCCUUCAAGUUUAAUUUUUAUUUUAACACCUUCAAUUACUAACAGAAAGUUGCAUAUCACUCUUUCUCUUCCUUUGUCUCUUUCUCCCUUGCUCUUUUUAUUAUUCGUAAAUCAACUGCGAUAUAAUGUAUGAAAGUGUUGAAAAAGUUGAUCAUACAUGAUCGAUCAUUUUUAUAAAGUUUAACGAAAGCAG